AAUAGCAGGACAAAACUGAAUUGGAGAGCCCAUAUUGUAUUAAAGGUUGUCUAUGUUCACAACAACAAUCCUCUAUUGUUAUGAUGGAUAAUAUGACAAGUUCUCUCCUUGAACUCUUGGUUACCAAUCAUCAUUUGUACAUAGAUAUGAUGUUAAACCAGCCCUAUCAGUUUCCCCACUGCUUGGCUGUGGGUUUCCUCUUCUCAUAUAUGCUGUGAAGCAAAUGACACACUAAAUACGCAAACAUUUAUCACACCGCCUAGUUUUCCGCUAAGUAGAGGACCUCUAACUAAGCAAAUGGAUACUUAAAGUUAUCCACACUCUGAGAAAAAAAGUUCUAUCUACAACCUAAAAGGGCUUUUCAGCUGUCUCUGAAGGAGAACCCUUUGAAGAACCCUUUUUGGUUCUAGGUAGAGCCCUUUUUACUUCCAUGUAGAACUCUCUGUGGAAAGUGUUCAACAUGGAAUCCAAAAGGGUUCUACCUGGAACCAGAAGGGUUCUACGGCUGUUCCCAUAUGAGUACUUUUUUUGGUUGUAGGUAGAGCUGUUUUUGGUUCCAUGUAGAACCCUUUUGGGUUCCAGGUAGAAGUCUUUGUGGAAAGGGUUCUGCAUGGAACCCAAAAUAGUUCUACCUGGAACCAAAAGGGGUUAUCCUAUGUGGACAGCCAAAGAACCCUUUUGGAACAUUUUUUAUAAGAGUGCAUGCCUGCAGGCUGGGAGUGAAAGUCUUUACUUAAGACUCAUUUCUUCAGUGAGUCCAAUGAUUGAGCGUAGGGGCCCCUCGAGCACAUUUCUCUUAGGGCCCCCAAAAGGCUCGAUCCGGCCCUGAUGGAGGAUAUGUAGAGCAGGAAAGGGGAGAGGGUAGGUAGAAGGACAGACAGAGAGAGAGAAAAGGAAGGAGGAGACUGCAGAGGACAUAAGCGAGAAUGGGGAGGGUGAGAUAGAAUGAUAGGAGUGGUUGUAUAGCAGUCUUAGUCUAGCAACUCACUAUAUGCUGAUGAAGUUCAAGAGAAGGACUUACUCUAUUGUUCUCUCCCAGCUAAAAUCUUGGUGCGAGCCUAGUGAAGACCCAUCAGUCUAUAGGAGGCUUAAUAUUACCUAUACAUUUAAGAUGGGCGACCAGGAUGUUUAUGACAGAAUGUUUGGGUCCCAGAUAGACAGAGAGAUGAACGAGGAGAAAGAUGAAGAAGGAGAAAGUGAAACGAGGGGGUCGGGGAAAGGCGCUCAGAGUUUCUGCCAGUUCUCGUCCUCUCUGCGUACUGUGGUUCGCAUCAAACAGAAGUACCAGGCCAUGAAGAAACGACGGCUGGAGUUGGCCGGGCUGGGGGGAGGAGGGCUAGUGUUAGGGGCUGGUCUCCACACUGGUGCCCCUGUUCGCAGCAGCCCCAAAAUCUUCACCUUCGAGACCCCCUCCAGCUCCCCCUCUGCCUUAUCGUCGCUCUUCCUAAAGAUGAAGAAGAAGAAGUCGCGGCGGGUCAUGUUCCCCAGUGGAGGGGGGCGCAAGGCCCCCGUCGUACAGGAACACAGCCGAGCAAAGAUCUGCCUCUUCCUCCUCUGCACCAUCCUCUUCUUCCAGGUGUAUAAUGCCAUAGAGAACCUUGAUGACCACGUCCUGAAGUAUGACCUGGGGGGAUUAGAGAAGACUCUGUGUAGGGAGGUGUUUGGCCAGCAGGGGGCGAUGGAUGCUCUGUUAGCCCAGCUCAGAGACUACCUCUCUACCUACGUCCACAGUAAACCCCUGGUCCUCUCCUUACACGGACCCAGUGGCGUGGGGAAGAGCCACGUAGGGCGACUCCUGGCUGGCCACUUCCGCUCGGUGGUAGGCGAGCCCCUGGUUCUACAGUACUUUGUGUUGCACCACUGCCCCCUGGAGGACGAAGCCUGGCGCUGCGCCCGAGCCCUGUCGAUCUUAGUGUCAGAGACAGUGCUGAGAGCAGAAGAGGAGGAGAAAAUUCCUAUUUUCAUCUUUGACGAAGCAGAGCACCUUUACCCAGAGCUUCUUGAUGCAUUGAGUGACUUGGUCCGCUCAAACCGCUCCAACGAAUACCUGAACGCAGUCUACCUGUUCCUGAGCAACCAAGGACACACCCACAUCACCAUGCACCUGCUGUACAACUCCUCCAGCGACUCCAUGAUGACCGCAUCUGGACACCACGCCAAACUCGUCAAGGAGCUGAAUCCGUUGUUGCGCAACACUCUGGUGAAGCUCCACCCACUGUGGGCAGAAGCUGAACUCUUACCAAUGACCCUGCUGGAGAAAGGUCACGUGAUGGAGUGCUUCCUGGAUGAGAUGACAAGGGAGGGGUUCUACCCGGACCGUACCAACGUUGAGAGGCUGGCGGGGGAGAUAGAGUACUACCCUGUGGUAGGGGGCCACGUGUAUUCCCGGACAGGCUGUAAACAGGUGGUUGCUAGGGUCAAUUUGCUAUGAGAGACUUAGAACUGCAGGGAAAUGGUGUGAUUAGAUGAGAUGUCUCCUGAGAAAAGACAGUUCUGGUCCAUAUCCUUUUGGUGUUUCUUAUGAUCCACCAAGCAAACAUUACCAACGUUACAAGCCAGAACCCAUCCUUGAAAAACAUUUUUAAAUAAAAAGGUGUAUGUCUGAGAA